GUUCUUAAUAAAACAAGAGAGCAUAAAUGCCUCUUAACAACUCUAUAUGAUAUAUAUGUUGAUAAUAUUUGUUAAGUUAAUAAAUUAAGGAAGAAACUGAACGUGUUUUAAUUGUUUGCUCCAGUGAACAUAUGUAAUACCUCUCUAAAUCCUGAGAAAAGUACUUUUAACUGCUUACCCUUAUUUUUAGCUCCUCUGAUUGUGAGCUGCUGCGGUCACCUCAUAUCAAGCAUUGUGUAUCAUGCCAUGUCUACCUUUACUGGUUACAAUUUAAAUAUUCACAUGUUUCGUUCAAUUUUGAUUAUUUUUUUCUCAUCAAUAUCUAGGCUAAGUUUGAUUUUAGGUCACAUGCACCCAAAAGCUUGGUCACCAGAUAAAAUAUUAUAAAAAAACAUAAUACAUCUUAAGAGGCGACAUUAGUGGUUAAAUAUUGAUGAAACUUGGUGAGAGUGUUUAUCUUGACAUUACGAAGGCCAAGUUCAAAUCUGAAACCAGAGUCCAAAAACUAAAUCAUCAUGUCUUAUCUAAGAACACCUUUAUAUCCACCUUGUGAGCCACAUUUAUUUCUCAAGGCUGUGAUUUUAUUUGGUCAAAAACAAGGUAACCCGUUCAGGUGUUUGACAAUUGAUUACCUUGAAUUUAGGCGAGCACUUUAGGGUGAUUAUGAUCCUCUUGUUUUAAGCUCACCAAAAUAAUAUAAAUAUUAUGCUUUCUUUUACAAAUGACUGGUCACUAUAUUAUGUCCAUGUUCCAUUUUAUGGGUUGCUUUCUUGGCCGGAGUUUGGGGUUUUGACUUUACAACAUCAAUUUUCGAAAAGGAGGUUCCACAUCGAGGCACGAUAAAAGGACUGGCUAUAGCAAUAAUUGUCGGCUGUAUACUGGAGCUAGCUGUAAGCAUUUGGGGAAUUUGUUUCAUCUGCACGUAUGGCAGUUAUUUUGGUGUUCAAAUGAACCGUAAUCGAGGUCCUGUGAUCAUGGUUAACCAGUCUAACGGCACAGGAACUGCUACUGUGAUAACAAACACAGGUGGUGGUUUUGGAUCAAACGAUCCCUAUAUGUUCACUACUUGGGGAGGUUUCAACAAUCCAGGAACAACAAAUGCCAAUGUUCAAGCCCUGCAAGAAGAAAACAGACUACUACAAGAGCAACUUCGCCUUCAAAGGGAACUGAAUCAACAACGAAACCAGCCUUUUGGUUUCCAAGCGGAUGCUCGUAAAGCUGCAAAUGAGAGAUACAAGAUUGUUGCAGGCCUCUUGGGGCUACUGUCAGUUGGCUUGCUUAUAAUUGGCUUUAUUUCGGCCAUAAAGUACCCAGACAAUGGACGUGGCCCUCCUUACUUCAUUGGCGGAUUUACUGCGGGAUUUCUGGGUCUCCGACAAGCUCUGAUGUGCACGUGUAUUGUUGUAAAAGGACUUUAUAGUCAGGAAGACGAGAUUAAGAAAAGAGAACUCGUUUGCGUAAUGACUGGUCAGAAUAUUGUGGCUAUGUUCCAGUUCAUGGGUUGCUUUAUUGGCGUCGUCAUGGCCGGAGUUGGGGUUUUUGGCUUUUCAACAUCAAUUUUCGAAAAGGAGGUUCCACAUCGAGACACGAUAAAAGGACUGGCUGUAGCAAUAAUAGUUGGCUGUAUACUGGAGCUAGCUGUAAGCAUUUGGGGAAUUUGUAUCAUCUGCACGUAUGGCAGUUACUUUGGUGUUCAAAUGAACCGUAAUCGAGGUCCUGUGAUCAUGGUUAACCAGCCUAACGGCACAGGAACUGCUACUGUGAUAACAAACACAGGUGGUGGUUUUGGAUCAAACGAUACCUAUAUGUUCACUACCGGGGGAGGUUUCAAUACUCCAGGAACAACAAAUGCCAAUGUUCAAGCCCUGCAAGAAGAAAACAGACUACUACAAGAGCAACUUCGCCUUCAAAGGGAUCUGAAUCAACAACGAAACCAGCCUUUUGGUUUCCAAGGUCAACCGUCACCACCUUCAUAUGGAUUUUAUGGUUCCAUGAAUAAUCCAUCAGUCCCUCCCCCCAGCUAUAACAAGGCUUUUUAACAUUUCAAUGAAAUCAGUUUUGUUGAAUACGCAUUUAACCUAUGUUAUCGCUAGAAUGUACAUGUGUGCAAUACUUAGUUACUGUUGUAAUAUUAUUUCUACUGGUAAUAUUAUAUAAUAUUCAUAAAGAUGAUAUUUGUUGUUAGUAUUUGUUUCAUGCCUAAGUGUUCAUCUAAAUUUAUGUAAUAAUUCUUGAAAAGGAACAGAUUAUCAGUCGAAUAAUAACACAGCAACAAUUGAUUUUAUUCCCUCUAGAUCAUGGAAGGCAUACUGCGAUUGGCCUGUCCGUUGUAUGUUUGUCCAAUCUUUAAUCCGUCAGGUGGUGGUUAACCCAAAAUGGCAUGUUUCAUAUUGCAUUAAUUUUGACUUUUUAGAAAACCAAACGACAUAUUUGUAAAGUCAAUAUUUCAAGUAAUGGGGGCUCGAAUGAGAGAUUAAUGUGUCUUGAAAUCUUUCUUACGGAAACAUGAAAUUCUUUCAGGAUGUCAUCACGCCGACACGCAAACCAAAAAUGUAUGCUUGUUCUAUUAGUGCUUUUAUUCUUCGUUUUGUCUCGUCGGCACUCCUCAGUAGCGUUACCACGCCAGAUCGAUAUAACACCCAUAACUGUAUUUUAUGCCCCCGGAUCGAAUGAUCGGGCUAUAUUGUUUUGGGCCUGUCUGUCUUUCAUUGUAUGUGUAUGUCGUUCUGUCCCAAAACAUUCACCUUGGUCAUAACGUUUGCAAUAUUGAAGAUAGCAACUUGAUAUUUGGCAUGCAUGUGUAUCUCAUGGAGCUGCACAUUUUGAGUGGUGAAAGGUCAAGGUCAUCCUUCAAGUUCAAAGAUCAAUUAUAUGGCUUCAAAUCGGCCUAGUAGGGGGGCAUUGUGUUUCUUACAAACAUAUUUCGUGUUAAUAUUAAUAUAUGGAUUGCUGUAUUCAACACAAUUUAAUCCUACCACGGCGAACAUUUUCUCUUUUCUCACUUCUGGACAUGCUCGGCCUUAUUGUCGGAACUCACUUUUGCUAAAAUUGACCUUACUUCUUGUUCUUUAGACGGCUAGUUUUGGUUGUCAUGUAACAUCAUAUUGUAGCGCUUUUUAACAAAUCUAUUGUUUGGCAUUUAUAAAAUUUUGAACAAAUUAUGUAGGCCCAUUAACAUAUUUUAAUGUGCAAUGGGUAUUUAUUGCAUUUUCUUUAAACGGCAUCGUUACUUAUGAACAAAAAAACUUUCUUGACUUUCAAAUCGUCUUGCAUAGUCAACUUACCGGUAAUAUUUUAGACAGGUAAUGUUCUUUGCUCCAAUAAAGUGUUUAGUGAUAAUUUUCUUAGCUUGCUUAAGCUUUUAACAUUGACGGACAUCUAAUCAAAUCCGAUAGCACAAUUUUUUAUGUAUAACUAGGCGUUGUCCAUAAUUUUAUUCAGAAUUGAUGUCACUUGCUUAGGAUUAUAAAAUAUUAUUGUUAAAGUAAUUGAUAUGCUGCUUAUUACAAAAAAUGUGAACACUUAUCUAUGCCUGCACUGUAGAUUGUGUUUAUUCUAUGAAUUUCCUUUUUAUGCCCCCGGAUCGAAAGAUCGGGGGUAUAUUGUUUUUGGCCUGUCUGUCAUUGUAUGUGUCCGUGUGUGUGUCCCAAAACUUUAACCAAAACUUUAACCUUCUUCAUAACGUUUGCAAUAUUGAAGAUAGCAACUUGAUAUUUGGCAUGCAUGUGUAUCUCAUGGAGCUGCACAUUUUGAGUGGUGAAAGGUCAAGGUCAUCCUUCAAGUUCAAAGAUCAAUUAUAUGGCUUCAAAUCGGCCUAGUAGGGGGGCAUUGUGUUUCUUACAAACAUAUUUCGUGUUAAUAUUAAUAUAUGGAUUGCUGUAUUCAACACAAUUUAAUCCUACCACGGCGAACAUUUUCUCUUUUCUCACUUCUGGACAUGCUCGGCCUUAUUGUCGGAACUCACUUUUGCUAAAAUUGACCUUACUUCUUGUUCUUUAGACGGCUAGUUUUGGUUGUCAUGUAACAUCAUAUUGUAGCGCUUUUUAACAAAUCUAUUGUUUGGCAUUUAUAAAAUUUUGAACAAAUUAUGUAGGCCCAUUAACAUAUUUUAAUGUGCAAUGGGUAUUUAUUGCAUUUUCUUUAAACGGCAUCGUUACUUAUGAACAAAAAAACUUUCUUGACUUUCAAAUCGUCUUGCAUAGUCAACUUACCGGUAAUAUUUUAGACAGGUAAUGUUCUUUGCUCCAAUAAAGUGUUUAGUGAUAAUUUUCUUAGCUUGCUUAAGCUUUUAACAUUGACGGACAUCUAAUCAAAUCCGAUAGCACAAUUUUUUAUGUAUAACUAGGCGUUGUCCAUAAUUUUAUUCAGAAUUGAUGUCACUUGCUUAGGAUUAUAAAAUAUUAUUGUUAAAGUAAUUGAUAUGCUGCUUAUUACAAAAAAUGUGAACACUUAUCUAUGCCUGCACUGUAGAUUGUGUUUAUUCUAUGAAUUUCCUUUUUAUGCCCCCGGAUCGAAAGAUCGGGGGUAUAUUGUUUUUGGCCUGUCUGUCAUUGUAUGUGUCCGUGUGUGUGUCCCAAAACUUUAACCAAAACUUUAACCUUCUUCAUAACUUUAGCAAUAUUGAACGUAGCAACUUGAUAUUUGGCAUGCAUGUGUAUCUCAUGGAGCUGCACAUUUUGAGCGGUGAAAGGUCAAGGUCAAGGUCAUCUUUAACGAUCAAAGGUAAACAAAAUUCAAAGCGGCGCAUUAGGGGGCAUUGUGUUUCUGACAAACACAUCUCUUGUUUUUGUUUUGUUUCAUAUUUGAACUCCAUAAGUUACCAUA